ACUUACUAUUGACAGAUCAUCAUCAUGUGAUCAAUCAGACUCUUUUUUUUUCUUUUUCCUUGAGGGUGUGUCUGGUUCUUCUUUCUUGAUCGGUUUCCUUUAAGCUUUUAUUGCUUCUAGCUAACCAAAUCAUUCCUUUCAUUUCCUUGUCCCUCUUUCUUUCUCUUUUAGUUUAUUGAAUCCGUGAACAAGAAUUACAAGAGGGGUCUCUCUCUUCUCUUCAAUCUAUCUAUCCAUGGCUAGUGAAACUGUUGCAUCAGAUCAUUCUACUACCUCUGAGCAGGUUGAAAUGAAGACGAAUGAAGAAGUAGAAACAAUUGAACGUGAGAGUGUUUCCCCAUCUAACGGAAACGCAGAGGAAGAAAAGCCUAAAUCCGAGGAAUCACAAAGUGCAGCAGCCCCUUUAACCAUAUCAGAAGAGAAGAUUGAGGAUAAGCAGAUUGAGUGUCCUGUUGUCGAUGAGGUGAAGAUGAUCACUGAUGAUACUAAAGAGGUUCAAGAUUCUACUCCUGAACUAGACACACCAAGCGUUUCAGAACCAGCAGCUGACGGUGUUAAAAGCCAACCAGAUGAGCAACCAAAGGCCGAGUCUGUUGAAAAACAGAUAGAGGAGCAGCCGAAGAUAGUUAAUGUUCCGGAACAAUCACCUGACACUGCCCCCGAAAAAGUGGAGCAAGUGGAAAUUUUACCUGUCAAAGAAUCAGAAUUGGUAGAAGUAAAAGAUGUGGACAUUUCAGUACCAGAGCCUAAGAAAGAAGAAAUUCCAGAUCCGGAAGAGCAGCCCAAGAUAGUUGAUGUCCCUGAAACGUCCAUUGAAGCUGCUGAAAUAAAAGUGGAGCAAGUGGAAGUUUUACCCGUCAAGGAAUCGGAAUCAGUAGAAGUAAAAGAUGUGGACAUUUCAGUACCAGAGCCUAAGAAAGAAGAAAUUCCAGAUCCGGAAGAGCAGCCCAAGAUAGUUGAUGUCCCUGAAACGUCCAUUGAAGCUGCUGAAAUAAAAGAGGAGCAAGUGGAAGUUUUACACGUCAAGGAAUCGGAAUCAGUAGAAGUAAAAGAUGUGGACAUUUCAGUACCAGAGCCUAAGAAAGACGAAAUUCCAGAACCGAAAGAUCAGCCCAAGAUAGUUGAUGUCCCUGAAACGUCUGUUGAAGCUACUGAAAUAAAAGAGGAGCAAGUGGAAGUUUUACACGUCAAGGAACCGAAAUCAGUAGAAGUAAAAGAUGCGGACAUUUCAGUACCAGAGCCUAAGAAAGAAGAAAUUCCAGAACCAGAAGAGCCACCCAAGAUAGUCGAUGUCCCUGAAUCAUCAGUUGAAACUGCUGAAAUAAAAGAGGAGCAAGUGGAAGUUUUACCUGUCAAAGAAUCAGAAUCAGUAGAAGUAAAAGAUGUGGACAUUUCAGUACCGGAGUCUAAGAAAGAAGAAAUUCCAGAACCAGAAGAGCAGCCCAAGAUAGUCAAUUCUCCUGAAUCAUCGGUUGAAACUGCUGCAAUAAAAGAGAAGCAAGUGGAAGUUUUACCCGUCAAAGAAUCAGAAUCAGUAGAAGUAAAAGAUGUGGACAUUUCAGUACCGGAGCCUAAGAAAGAAGAAAUUCCAGAACCGGAAGAGCCGCCCAAGAUGGUCAAUGUCCCUGAAUCAUCAGUUGAAACUGCUGAAACAAAAGAGGAGCAAGUGGAGGUUUUACCUGUCAAAGAAUCAGAACCAGUAGAAGUAAAAGAUGUGGAAAAGUCUGAACCAGAGCCUAAGCAAGAAGAAAUUCUGGAACAAGAAGAGCAGCCCAAGAUAGACAGUGUCCCCGAAUCAUCAGUUGAAAUAGGUGAAAUAAAAGAGGAGAAAGUGGAAGUUUUGCCUGUCAAAGAAUCAGAAGCUGUAGUAAUAGAAGCUGUGGAAAAGUCCGAGGCAGAGUCUAAAAAAGAAGAAAUUCCAGAACCAGUUGCAAAUGUAGAGGAAAAACCACAAGAACAAUCUGCAGUUGCCGAACAAGUUGAGAAAGAAUGCUCAGAAAAUGAACCAAAGGAAAGUGUGGAGGUUGGAAUAGCAAAAGAUGAAGACACUUUGGCCGAUAAGGUUGAAGAUACCAAGUUGAAGGAAGAAGAAACCACUAAAGAGGAACCUCUUGCAACAGAUAGUUCAGAUCAUGUUACUUCAACCAACGAGGAAGCUAAUGUUGAUCCAAAAGACACAGGGGAAUGUCCUCCUGUUGUUGCAGAAAAGGCUAUUGCAGAUGAAAAAGAGAAGGAAUUGAGUGAAACUGUUGUUGUUCAAGGGUUGUCAAAAGAGGAAGUUGUGGAGUCAGGAAGGAUCGAGGUGGAGAAGGAAGCACCGGAAGAGGUUGGAAAGAAAGAAGUCAUAGCAGAGGAAGUGGACCAGCCUGAAAAAAAGAAAGCUGAGGAUGUGAGUAGCUCCAUUGCCACCACUGAGGUCAUUGAAAAAUCUUUGGAGGGAGAGAAUACUUCUAGAGACAUUGAACUGCCUGCUGAAAAUGGGAAAGAGAGUGUAAAAGAUGAAGUCGUGACUACCAUCAAAGAACUAGUUGAGAAGCCCCUAGAGUCUGAGGUGGAAGUGAAAGGUGAAGAAACUGGUGAAACAAAGUUGGAAAAAGAAAAUGAAGUUGGUGAGAUUGCAAAACCUGAUGUUCCAAACCCGGAGGAGUCCACCAAGGAUGGUGAUGACACAAAAACAUCCCAAGACCCUCCCAAAGAAGAGGUAUCAGCAAAGCCCACUCAGAAGCAAUCAAAUACCAUUAUGGCAAAGGUGAAGCAAUCGCUUGUGAAGGCAAAGAAAGCUAUUAUUGGGGGGAAAUCUACGAACUCUAAAUCGCUCUCUUCUGAAACUAAGGCUGAUGUUAAGGUAAAAUAAUGUGAUAUUUCGAGGUCUGCUAAGAAUGUGGUGUUAUAUAGUGCAAUUGUUUGGUCCAGCCGUGUUGAUGUUUUGCUUUUGGUUAUUGGAUUGAUCGCGUUACUGGUUUGUGAGUGUUUGUGAAGGUAUAGGUUUGCUUAGCUCAAGAUUUUUCAAAAUAGGAAGAUUAUUGUUUUCAAUUUUAUACUAUUUGUUUCACUUGUAAAGUAUUGUUUGUGUGUUGGUGAUGAAGUACUGAUCAAUAGGCAAGAACUUUUGGAUUGUUUUGAGAUGAUGUAUAGCAUUCUGUUAUAUUUGUGAAUAUUGGUACUAUUGUAAUUGUCAAUUUUAUUUUUGUUUGUGUACUACUAAGAUAAAUUUGAUUUUCAA